UUAGUUUAGAGCCUCCUCCAUUCCAUUUCCUUCUUCUCCAAAAUUUCUCCACACUUCCUCUCUCUCUCUAUCUCUCACUCACUAGAUGGAGAUUCAAUUGAUGCAAAUGUGAGUUUAGAUUUCGGCAAAAGUCGGAAAUUUUACAAACAAAUUCUCUGGUAAAUAGUAAUUCAAAUCGGAUUCUUUGCUUGAAAUGCAAGACAUUCAGUCGAUCGGAGGGAGGUUCUUUGGCAGCGCCGGAGGCGGAGACCGGAGGCUACGGCCGCACCACAACCAGAACCACCAGGCCUUGAAGUGCCCUAGGUGCGAUUCGCUCAACACCAAGUUCUGCUACUACAAUAACUACAACCUCUCUCAGCCGCGCCACUUCUGCAAGAGCUGCCGCCGCUACUGGACCAAAGGCGGCGUCCUCCGCAACGUCCCCGUCGGCGGAGGCUGCCGGAAAACGAAGCGUUCCAAGCCGAAGUCUUCUUCUUCUUCAUCGCCGGCCUCGCCGCCGCAGCAGCCGAACAGCGAGCGCAGAGCCAGCUCCAAUUCCAGCAGCGAGAGCUCGAGCCUCACGAACACGGCCACCGCAACGGCGACGGAGGCGGUCUCGGCGCCGUCUUCGACGUCCUCGGCUUCCAAUCUUCUCAACAUUCCUCGUCCCGAGUCCAAAUUCUUCGUUUCCCCAAACACGAAUUUCGAGGCGGCUGGAGCCACCAUGCUCGAACAGAGCGCCACGGAAAUUGGAAUGUUCUCGGAUAUUGGGAGCUUCACGAGCUUGAUCACGGCCUCCUCGAACGACGUGCCGUUCGGUUUCACCAACAUUAACGACAUUUCCGUCUCGCCGUUCAGGCCAAACCAACCGCCGGCCGGUCAUCUAAAUCAGGUGCAGCAAAACCAGUGGGAGCAGCAACACAACCAGAAUAACCAGGAACUGAAGAUGCCGGACAUCACCGGAGGAAUGCUGGAUCAGACGGCUCAGGUGGAUUUAUCAGUGUUCCAAACCAAAAUCAACGGCGGAGGAGGAGGAGGGUUUGGGUCGCUGGAUUGGCAGCCGGCCGGUGAUCAAGGUCUGUUUGAUCUCCCCAACACCGUUGAUCAAGCGUACUGGAGUCAGGGUCAGUGGACCGAUCAAGACACUCCCAGUCUCUACCUCCCGUAAAAAAAAAAAUUCACUCUUAACAAUCUCUAAGAAAAUUCUCAAAUUUAGUUUAAAAAAAAAAAAUUGAGAGAAUUUCAUAUAUGAAAUCAUGAAUAUGACUUGCUUUGUGUAUGUAAAUUUUUUAAGUAUAAUUUUUUUUUUCUUCUU